GUCAGGUACAAAAACACACCUCAGUUUAAGGCACUUGACUUGAGAAGGAUAGAGAGAGAGAGAGAGAGAGAUAGAGAGAGAGAGUCACCAUAACCUGUUUGAGCAAUGGCACCUCCUGGUGUAUGUCAAAGCAUUAUGAAUAAACGAAGCAAAAAGAACGGUUUUGGCAGCCUUGCAAACCCAGAGAUGUUUCUUAACCAAGACUUCCAGCAGUUGAAAAAGUACUGCAUUGAACGUCAAUUAAGAUACAUUGAUGACAUGUUUCCUCCGAACCAAAACUCCAUUGGCCAAGUUUCUCUAUCCCAUUCGCAACUGGCGAGAGUUGAGUGGCUGAGACCAGGGAAAAUAUGUCAAUCCCCAUCCUUUGUUGUCGAUGGAGUUUCAAGAUUUGAUUUUUGCCAAGGAGUAGUUGGUAAUUGCUGGUUCCUAGCUUCAGUUGGAGCUCUAACAUUCCAGAGCCAAAUCCUUCAGCGAGUUCUGCCUUCUGAGCGCUCAUUCAGUGCUGGCAUAUUCCACUUCAGGUUCUGGAGAUUUGGAUACUGGGUGGAUGUUGUCAUCGAUGAUAAGUUACCGACAAUUGACGGCAAACUCAUCUUUGUUCGCUCAAAAACCCCAAAUGAGUUUUGGCCUGCUUUGCUGGAAAAAGCCUAUGCUAAGGUUUGCGGCUCCUACGCAGACAUGAAUGCAGGAACCCCAUCAGAAGCCUUGGUCGAUUUUACAGGAGGCGUGCACAUAUGCUUCCAACUGGAUAGUGCUGUCCCAGACCUCUGGAACACAAUGCACAGAGCUGCACAGAGCAAUUCAUUGAUGGGGUGUGGGACACCCCAGGGGGAGACCUCAGCCAACAACGUCUCAGCCAAUGGUUUAGUGGAAGGACAUGCCUACGCCGUUACUGGUGUCACACAAGUGAUCAGCAAUGGGCAGCCAAUAAAUCUUGUUCGCUUGUUAAACCCAUGGGGCAAUGGAGAGUGGAUUGGCGAUUGGAGUGACAGUUCUGUUUUGUGGCAAUCUAUUAGUGCUGAAGACCGUGAAAUGUGUGUAGAUGUGGCUGAUGAUGGGGAAUUUUGGAUGGCGAUGGAGGACUUCUGUCGUUUCUUUUCAGAUCUUGACAUUUGUUGCCUAUGCCCUGACUUCCUUGAUGGCACAACAUCUUCUCACUGGACGCCCUUGGUCUAUGAAAGCAGAUGGGUUGCAGGGACCACAGCUGGAGGAUGCCUAAACAACCCUGAAAUGUUCAGGAUGAACCCUCAGUAUCGGUUCAGGAUUGAAGGUUCAAACAGCGAUUCUGAGCAGGGGAACAACAUUCUAGUGUCUCUCAUGCAGAAGCCUGAAAACGGAACAAGGCGGCUGAAAAAUGAUCUUUACAUCGGUUUCUCAAUUUUUAAGGUUCCCGAACAAUAUAGGUCAUUGACAGGAAGGUUCCCAGCCACGUUCUUCACAUCCAACUUGGUUGUAGCGCAAACCAAAAAACACCUGAAUUCACGUGAGGUCAUGGAUAUGUUCAAGUUGGCUCCUGCCGAAUACCUGAUUGUGCCAUCCAGUUUCAAGCCAGAUGAGACGGCUUCCUUCAUUCUCAGAAUUCUCUCCAAGUCAGAGACCCAUGCCCAUGACCAUUCUGGGCAAAGCCACAGUCCAAUUGAAAAGCCCAUAAUGAGAGAGUUAAAUAAAAAUGACGAAGAGAGCAGAAGUUUCUUCGAAAAAUAUGCUGAUCAGUUUGAAGAAGUCCAUGCAGAGCAGCUCCAGAACAUUUUAAAUGAAAAGAUCCUUCAAGGAUACAAGGAAACUGAAGGCUUCAGUCUGGAUGCGUGUCGCAGCAUGGUGGCUCUAAUGGAUACAUCCAUCACUGGCAAACUGAAACGUGAUGAAUUCUUGCGUUUGUGGAGGAAAGUCACCACCUACAACGACAUCUUCUCCCAAAUUGAUCCAACCCGCAAAGGUACUUUGUCCCUGCAUGAGCUGAGAAAGGCUAUAAAGGCUGCAGGGAUUGUUCUGAAGGAUGGUAUGCUGAACCUGAUGGCUGUUCGGUAUGGCACCUCUACUGGAAGGAUUAGCCUGGAGAGCUACAUUAAUCUACUCCUUCGUUUGGAAUGCAUGGGAAAAAUCUACACACAACUCUCGGGAGGAACGACCAUGUCUCUCAGUGAAUCUGAGUGGAUGUAUGUUUCAAUGUACACAUAACCUGAUGAUCAACAAAAGAAGACGGAUGGAUAUCUUUUUUUAUUUUUUUUAAAUUAACAUGCUUUUCUUUCCAUUUGUGUUCAAUUUUGUGUUUUCUGUUGAAUUUUUUGCUGUGCCAGAACAGUUAUAAUCUGUGAUUUAGUAUAAUCGUUAUUUUUUUCUUGAUAGUGCUGCCUUUGAUGUGCCUAUUAUGUGUGUGAUGGAACCCUGUCUUAAGAAAACAUAUUAUGUCACUAUUCCAAUUAUGCAUUGUGACAAGAGGGUGAUUAGAGGACGCUACCUUCCCAACUGUGGGCUGCUCAAGAUGGUUCCCUACUGAGAUCUAAAUGAAGUGUCCAACACCUGGAGGUGGAGUCUUGGUGUGUCGGUCAUCAAAAGAGCAGUCUCAAGUCUGAUUACAGAAUAGCUCAGGUGAAGGGUUUUAAUUUAUUUUGCUUCAUAUUUGUUUUGACUAAUCAUGUUACUGGUGGUAUAGGGAUCUUAAGCUGGCUAACAGCAAUUAUUGUUAUCAUUAUUAUUGUUAUCUUUCUCCUUCAGUUGUGUUUCUUACCUCGUCUUCUUUAUGUAGUUUAGUUUACCCAUAAUUAGUCCACAAACCACCAAUGUAGAUUAUAUGAAGCUCCAUUUUAACCGAUCAAAUUACUUUUGAGCAUUUAAACUGAGCAUCACAGUAGGUUGGAGAAUGUUUUUAUUUUAGUGCAUGAUAGAUUAAAUGUCCUCCUAAUAUUGUUAGCGCCUUGUAUGCCAGGAAUAAAACGUGUUCGAUCCAAUUUGA